UUCACCGUUAUGCAUAUUGCAAAAGACAGUAGACCUACCUGGUCCUAUCACGGACGUUUUUGCUAUUCUAUAAUUCCAGCGGCUAACGGACCAGCAUGAAUACAUCGCACGGAACUCUGGAUGGCGAUGCUGAGGUGGAUGAGCUGACUGCCUGUCUCCCGCGACGAAGGUCCACAAACAGAGUUGGCCUGGGCGUCGUCCUGGCUCUUGACACACUGGAGGGUCUGACCGUUUACACCAUUGUAUCCAGCGUGGUGUUAUUCUGCGAGGAUAAUCUGAGUCUCUCAAAAACGGAGGCGGUUGUCGUAUAUCUUAUUUUUGGCGCCAUUAUGUUCAUCGUGCCCUGCAUAACCGGAGCACUGGGCGAUGCCGUCGUCACUCGUUACACAUGCAUUCUCGCUUCCCUGGCUGUCUUUUUACUGGGUGGAUUGGUCAUGUUGAGUCUGGCACUGAUAAUGAGUCAAGAUAUGGACUUCCGUCCACGACGUGCCCUGUAUAUGGUGUCACUUGUCCUCGUUGGCGUCGGCAGCGGUGGCUGUAUUUCAGUUAGUAUACCAUUCGGAGCUGACCAACUUGCUGAUCCCUCACCAAGAAAUAUGUGGUCCUUCUUCAUUUGGAAGCACUGGUUUUACUGCCUUGGUAAAUUCUUGGGUUACUUGCCCUUACCAGAUGUGCUAAAGGCGGUUGACAAAGACACACACAAAGAAACAGUAUUACUACCUCAGGCAAUUAUUGUUGUUGUUGCUGUUGGACUUGGAAUCGGAAUACUACUACUUGGCAAGCCACGGUUCAACAUUGUUCAACCGCAAGGAAAGAAGAUCUUUAGCCGCCUCAAGAACGGUUUCUCAAUGUGUCUUCCUUGCCUCUGCCGGGAGAGCUUUGACUACGUCUCUUUAGGAAGCUCAACAUCACUUACGGAUGAGCGUCGUGACAACCGCCUGCUCCUGAAGAGGGUCAUACUACUCUCAGCACUCUUCUCUCUUUUUGGGAUAUACACCAUCUUUCACUAUCAGCUGUCAAGCACAUUUAUGUUACAAGCAGAGGAGCUCCAAAACGCGAGUCCACUUCCGGUUAUCUCAUUGAACAUGUGUUGACCAAUCGUCGCUCUUCUCGCUAUACCGCUGGUCGAGGUUCACAACAGAUACAAGAUACAUUGGAAGAACAUGACUAACUUGGACAUCAUGCUAUCGGGAGUAAUACCAUUAUCGUCUGCCGCAGCUGCUGCUGCGAUUCUACAGUGGUAUAUCAGAAAUGCUCCGCCACCUGGUGUCACACUUUGGGCUCAGAUACCACUAUACAUUUGCACUGGUCUGGCGGACCUCCUGUGUUAUACGCCUGCGACCGAGUUUGCCUACAAGGAAAGCCCAAAGCACAUUGAAGGGUUCAUCAUCGGAAUGAUGUUUACCACAGGAUCUUUGCUGACUUUGAUGGUAUACAUCAUAGAGGAAGCAAUAUUCUAUAAGUAUGUCCCAGACAAAACAGAUAUCCAGUACCAGUACCACUUCUACGCGGUGUUUGGUUUCACUGCCUUUGUCUUCAUCGUUGUGUUGAUGCCGUUCGUCCACAUCUACAGGCGCUUUAAAGGUGGGCUCAAUGACACACAAGGUGAAAGACUUGUGGACGUAACAGGCUCACAUCAGUCGGAUCCAGAAACCACCUGAUCAAGAAAGUGAAGCAAAUCACGAGAAUCGUAGAACGCAGAAUGUGCAAUUCAUAUAAUAGGACAUUAGGUGAUAUGAAGAAUAGAAAAUGUUUUUCAGUUUUGUAUUGGUACUGAUAUGACUGGUGUAUUAAUGAGUCUACA